UGCAACUAAAAUCUAGCAUAUGCGCAGUCCUGACCAACGUUGUAGAAGUAGAGGUGACCCCCCCUGUUUCAAUGAGAAGUGGGAGUGAAUAGCUGCUGAAGAUUUGUGGCUGCAAAAAUGACUGACCCCAUUAGAGUUUUGGUGACGGGUGCUGCUGGUCAGAUUGCCUAUUCCCUUCUUUAUGGCAUCGCGAAGGGUGACGUAUUCGGCAAGGAUCAGCCAAUCAUCCUUGUCCUGCUGGACAUCACGCCCAUGAUGCCAGUCCUUGAUGGAGUGGUCAUGGAGCUUCAGGACUGUGCCCUCCCACUUCUGAGAGAGGUGAUCCCAACAGACAAAGAGGAGGUGGCAUUUAAGGACCUGGAUGCUGCCAUUCUGGUGGGCUCCAUGCCCAGGAAGGAGGGCAUGGAGAGGAAGGACCUGCUGAGGGCCAACGUGGCCAUCUUCAAGUCCCAGGGGGCUGCCCUGGACAAGUACGCCAAGAAGACCGUCAAGGUCCUGGUCGUUGGAAAUCCAGCAAACACCAACUGCUUGAUUGCGGCCAAGUCUGCCCCAUCCAUCCCCAAGGAGAACUUCUCCUGCCUGACCCGCUUGGACCACAACAGGGCCCGCUCACAGGUGGCCAUGCGUGUUGGCGUGUCUGCCAACAAUGUGAAGAACAUCAUCAUCUGGGGGAACCACUCCUCCACCCAGUACCCUGAUGUCCACCACGCCAAGGUCAACUUCCAGGGCAAAGAGAUGGCUGCCUUUGAUGCUGUGAAAGAUGACAGCUGGAUCAAGGGGGAUUUCAUAUCUACCGUGCAGCAGCGCGGGGCUGCCGUCAUCAAGGCCAGGAAGCUGUCCAGCGCCAUGUCGGCAGCGAAGGCCAUCUGCGACCACAUGAGGGACAUCUGGACCGGCACCCCCGAGGGCGAGUUCGUCUCCAUGGGGAUCUAUUCCUCCGGGAACUCCUACGGCGUGCCCGAUGACCUCAUCUACUCAUUUCCUGUUACAAUCAAGAAUAAGUCCUGGAAGAUCGUGGAGGGGCUGGCGAUCAACGACUUCUCGCGUGGGAAGCUGGACGCCACGGCCGCGGAGCUGGUGGAGGAGAGGGACACCGCCGUCUCCUUCCUGGGCGUCUGACUAGCACCCGAAAAACCAACGCAACGGCACUUAGACACCCCGAAACCUCCUGACUCGCGUCUGUAAAACACUCCCGUGUGCGUACGUGUGUAUCACCGUCAAGCUGUUACAUUAAGAAAUUUAAGCUCGAUUUGCCAGACCUUGUGUCAGCAGCACUUGGGGAAUGCUCUUCAGCAGAUAUCAACGAUGCACUAGCUGUCCAGUCAUUGUAAUGGCUACAUCUUGAAUAUAACAAUAAAACCACAAAACUGUGUAAACUGGU